UCGUUUAAAGUUGCGCACUGAUCAUACUAUUUCUAUGAUUUUUAAAUAUUAAUAAUUGUGUUUAUAGAAUGGUAGAAGAUAUUGGAUUUACAUGUUUAAACCUAUAAAAUAAAACGCGUUAAUAUGGAAAUACGUCCUCGGAAUUUUGGUGAAUGUGUUGAGACAAUGGUGUAUCGAUUAUUUUGCGCUAACGAAAUGUCAUCCCAGUGUCGUAGUGUUAAUAUUAGAAGUCUAUGUUUGUGAUCGUGAUAACUUUUGCCUAGGCAUCAGUGUAUUUUAAUUUCGGGUUUGCAAUCUUGUUCAUAUGUGUGACUAAAUCAAUGAUAGUGUCAGCACCGCAUAAUUUUACUGAUUAUGAUUACAAGACCCAGAGGAAUUCUUACAAAAAAUGUUACCAGUGAAACGCGAAGUGUGUGCUCAAGAUAAUUAUUAGUGAUUAUUAAAAGCAGGUAAAGUAUAUUAGCAAAAAUGGCCAAUCCAAAUCGCGAAAACGUUAGCACUCGGUUUUCGGACAAUUAUGAACUGAAAGAAGAAUUAGGCAAAGGUGCUUUUUCUAUCGUACGUCGAGCUGUUCAAAAAUCCACAGGACAUGAAUUUGCAGCCAAAAUUAUCAACACUAAAAAGCUGUCUGCGAGAGAUUUCCAGAAAUUGGAAAGAGAGGCACGAAUUUGUCGAAAACUUCAACAUCCUAACAUCGUAAGGCUUCAUGACUCUAUUCAAGAAGAACAUUUCCAUUACCUCGUAUUUGAUCUUGUGACCGGAGGAGAAUUGUUUGAAGAUAUUGUAGCACGAGAAUUUUAUUCAGAAGCUGAUGCCUCUCACUGCAUUCAGCAGAUAUUAGAAUCUGUACAUCAUUGCCACCAUAAUGGUGUAGUACACCGGGAUUUAAAACCUGAAAACCUGUUAUUGGCUAGUAAGGCAAAAGGUGCUGCUGUAAAAUUAGCUGAUUUCGGAUUGGCUAUUGAAGUACAAGGCGAUCAGCAGGCAUGGUUCGGCUUCGCAGGUACUCCGGGAUAUCUAUCUCCAGAAGUUCUUAAAAAAGAACCAUACGGUAAACCAGUGGAUAUAUGGGCUUGUGGAGUUAUCUUGUACAUCUUGCUUGUUGGAUAUCCUCCAUUUUGGGAUGAAGAUCAACACCGAUUAUAUGGACAAAUCAAGGCUGGUGCUUAUGAUUAUCCGUCACCAGAAUGGGACACAGUAACGCCCGAAGCUAAAAGUCUUAUCAACCAAAUGUUGACUGUUAACCCAAGCAAGAGAAUUACUGCUUCGGAAGCCCUAAAGCACCCAUGGAUCUGCCACCGUGAGCGUGUUGCAUCAGUUAUGCACAGGCAAGAAACUGUGGACUGCUUGAAGAAGUUCAACGCCCGUCGCAAACUUAAGGGGGCAAUAUUAACAACUAUGCUUGCAACUCGUAAUUUCUCGGGAAAAUCCAUGGUGAACAAGAAGGGAGAUGGAUCACAAGUAAAAGAAUCAACUGACAGCAGCACUACCCUAGAAGAUGAUGAUCUGGACAAAGAUAAAAAAGGUGUUGAUAGGGCAUGCACUGUUAUAUCCAAAGAACAAGAUGAGGAUGGUCUAACAAAAGCUGAUUCAUUUGGAAAAGCUCGCGGUGACAGCAAUGCUUCAAUGCGCCGUGCGGAAGUAAUCAAAGCCACAGAAAUACUUUUAGAUGCUAUAAAUAACGGGGACUACGAUACAUACUCCAAACUCUGUGAUCCACACGUGACUUCGUUUGAUCCAGAUUCACUUGGUAACUUAAUAGAGGGUGUUGAAUUCCAUAAAUUCUUUAUUGAUAACACUCCCACGAAUAUUAAAACUAACACUACUAUCCUUAACCCGAGAGUACAUCUUCUGGGAGAGGAUGUCGCUAUUAUUGCGUAUAUUUGCGUUACACAGAGCGUAGAUUCCGAAGGUAGACGUGCUACUUACCAACAUCAGGAAACUCGUAUUUGGCACAAACGCUACAACAAAUGGACUGCCGUUCAUUUCCAUCGCUCCUAACUAGUCCCCUCCAAAAAUCACUCCAUCCUGCCAGAGGAAGAUAAUGGUAAAAGAAAGUUAGCUAUAUGCAAUGGAGAUGUAAUUCCUACCAUCGUUACUUUUCAUGAGUAAAACGCAAAAUUGUGUCAUCCAAACCUUAUGGCGGAGUGAUAUUAUAGUCGUUUGAAAAAUAUCCAUUCUGCUAUAAAAUUACACGAAUUUUAUUAGAAUUCUUAUUAAUCUCAAGGUUAAGUUAAUUACAUAUUAAAGAUAAUUAAUGUCUUAAAUCAAUGUAAGCAGUUCGGAUGCUAUUUCCUACUUUAUAAUCAAAUUCCAAUGUUAUGAUGUGGCUAUAAUGUGACACUGAUCAAAUAUCCAAUGCUUAAUGCUAGAUUUUAGUGAGUGUUAUGAAGUUGUGAUCUCAGCCACAAUCGAAAAUGUCAACGAAUAAAGAAAUAAUGGUAAAAGUAAGAUCCUAAAAAAAUCUCAGAAGAAAUACCAGAUCUGAUAAAUGUAAACCAUAAGUACCCACCCAAACAAAUCAGACAUUUUAAAGGUUUAGAAUUAUUAGCACAUUUCUCUAUAAGUCUCUCUACAUUUUUAACUAUGAAUGUUUUUGUCGUGCUUAAAAUGGUGUUCUAUUUGUUAAUGAAUACCUAGUUAGUAAUAUUUAAGUAAUAAAAAAUGCAGUUAUUGGCACUACCAAUCAGCACUGAUGUACCUAACUUGUGGUAGUUAUAUAUGUACUAUAUUUUAAAUAUUAAUGUACAAUUGUAUAACUUUCAUUCAAAAACCUACUAUGUAAAAGCUAGUGUGCAUUCAUGGUCAUUAUCUUUUUAAGUGAUUAUAUCAAUUUGUCAAUUUUAGAUUUAAAUACCGCUUUGCUUGAAAUUCUGUACAAUUUGUCAUUUUAUAUUGAUGUUGUUAAAGUUGUUAAUUAUUAUUAUAAUCACCUUUCAUUGCAACCUUUUUAUGAUUGUUUAUAUUUUAUUAAAAUUUAACACCUAGCUUAUAGGUAGUAUAAAACUUCAUAGUGACAACUGUGCAUGAUACCAGACUGUAUAAGGGACUUACAAUUUAUGAAAUGGAGCUUGGAACGUGAUAUUAAUGUGUAUGUUUUGUGAUUGAAAAUGCACAGUUUCACUUAUGGAAUAUGCUAUAAACCAUAAGUCUGCAAAACUCACUUAUUCCUAGAAAACUAAAUUAGAUAUAAAUAAUAUUUAAACACAUUUCUACGGUUUUGUAAAAUAAUUUAGUAUAGUUAGUGAAACCUUCUUUAUUAAUGACUUUGACAAAAAAAUUGGAAUUGUAACUAUAGUGCUACUUGCAUCCUAGAUAAACUUAUGGUGAUAAUUUAAUUGUAUUCAGAGUAUAGUUGUGCCAUUACCAUUGAAUUUAGUGCCAAUAACUGUAAACUAAAAUGUAUUCUAGUCUUUACUGUUACGCAUAUUUAGUAUUUAAUCAAUGUUUCGAAUUAAUUUUUAAAUUAUACAAACAUAUUUACUUACAAAUAUAUAUGUAAAUAGAAAUUAAUUUGCACAUUAGCCUGUUUGAGAGUGUUAUCAUUUUAUUAGCUUUUCUCAAUCAUUAUUGUUCUAAUAAUUUAUGUUUCUUUUUUGUUAUCUCAUGUAGUUAUAAGUUUUAUUUUUUUAUCAUGUUUGCAUGAACAUUUUAUUAUAUAUUUUACAUUUGCUUUGAGUGCUAACUUACUAUGAAAAUAAAUAUUUACUCUGUUAAAGCACAGCUGAUUAUUUGUUUUUUGCAUCACAAAUUGAUUAGCUUAUUUUAACCCAUUGAGCCCCCAGCGGCCCGGAUGGUCCACGACACAAUAGAUUUUCUAUUGUGUCUGUGAUUCCGGGGGCUGAGUUAUUACGUAAUAGAAGUAAAAAUUAUAAAAAUUUCCAAAGAAUAAUCUCAAAAAUAUUACUAAUUGUUACUAGUAUUACUUAUUCCUGUUUUAUGAAAUUAUCUGUAUCACUAACUGAAUGGUUAAAUUGAUAUUUAUUUGCUUUAAAAUAGUUACCUAUUUACAAUAUAACUUUCAUAUCUGUAAAUUUGUUGAAAAAUGUUUUAUGAUACUAACUACAUAGGUGUAAAUAAAUAUUUAUCAAAUGAAACUUACAUGUGCAAUAAAUUAGUUAAAUCUUGCAAAUAUUCUAUUAUACUAAAAUAUACAUUGAUACAUACCUAGACAAUUCUACUAUUGUUUAGUAGGUCAAAAACAGAAAAUGCACAAAUGUGAUCGUCCUUCAUGGCAUGUUGUUUAUUUUUAUCCACUAAAUUUAUCCACUUUUCAAAUAACAUUCUUUUCUAACAAUUUUUAAAGUUGUCCGUCAAUUGCUUCUCACUUUUUACAAUUUGUGCACUUUCAGGCUUGACUCCUUUGGAAUUGGAAGAUAUUUAAAUGUAGUAACUAGGUAAUUUUCAUCUAUUGUUGUUAAGUUUUUAUUAUUAUUUUAUAGUCUUUCCAUCUUUUCAUGUAUGAUAAUCAGCUUUUCACUUAAAAAAUUGUUAUAUAAGAAUUAAUAUUAUGUAACAUUUCUAAGCUGAAACAUUAUAAGUGCCAUGCCAUCUCUAAAAUUGUAUUUAUUUUGAAACUUUUGACCAUUCAGCUAGAAAUAGUAUUGAGUGCUAUUAAAACAGUAUUGUUCGUGUAUUAUUAUCAAGUUAUGUUAAUUUUAUUGUACUUAAAUACGGAAGCAGUGAUAACUUAUCUCAGCUUUAUUCAGCACUUUGCCUAGGUAUGUUCAAUUAGUUUCUUUUUAAUGUUUAAGAUUUAACCAAAGUGUUUCAUUCUUAUAUGCACCUUUGAAAUGAUUUAAAAUUUUACUAAUUAUAAUCAAGGUGGCUAAGUUGUUGUAGCAUAAUAAAAAAUGUGAAAGUGUAGGUGUAUUGAAUAUUUGUCAGUAUAUUUCUAUUCAACAUAAUUUCUAAAACCUCUGCAUUGCCGAUUAUAUUGUAACACUCUUUAAAAUAAAGUUCUUUUGAUCUA